GCAUGACAUCAGCCCCACGCGUGUACGUACGUCUCACUGACUUUUGCGCAGCAUCAUGAGCACCGUAAGUCGUAUUGCCGUCGAGGAAUAGAUAGCUCACAUGCGUCUGACGUUCGCUAUCAUCAUUGCUUCGGCCAUUCUCACGUUCACCAUCGCCACAUCUCUUUCGCCACCUCUCAUAAUGAACGGCCCAGAAGCACCAAGAGCAACCGUCACGCUUGUGCCUGCUCACGUCAACCGCCAGUGGCCUGAACUCAUCACCUCGUUGCUGGCCCAGCCGGCCGUCUCCUCCCUCGUUCAAGGCGCCGGGGAGGGCCUUUCGUCCAUCUUCAACCGGCCUGACGUGAACAGUGUUGGGAAUUCGAUCAUUUCCGUGAUCACCGCCGGGGCGCAGGAGACACAAUCCACACAAGCCACGUCCACGGCAGCGCCUGAGUCGUCCGUGAAUCCGCCGUCUGGGACGCCCUCGCUAUCCCCUACUCCCUCGACAGCUCAAGCAGCAAGUGGCGGCUCUAAACCAAACGUCGCGGCAAUCGCUGGUGGCGUAGUGGGCGGUGUCCUCGGCCUGGCCAUAAUUGCAGCCCUCCUCUUCCUCUGCCUUUGGUGUCGCCGGCGCCGACGCAAAGAGCCAAAGCGUGACCACGCUUUGCUCUUCGAGAACGAGGGCUUCGUCGGGGCAGAGGGCACGCCUGGCCUCGUCGACCCUUACGCCCGAUCCUCCCUCUCCUCUCCGGUCACCUCAUCCUUCGCCUCAGCGCGCAACCGCCCCUCCCUCACCUCCGGCAGCUCGCAUGAUGUCUAUCACACACCAUCGCCGAUCACCAAAGGCCAGCCACAGAUGCCUAUCGUCCCCGCCCCACCGCUCACAAAUUCACACGCUAGCAUCCCCACCAUCGCCACAGGUGCUGGCACGUUCGGCCCGCGCCGCAGCACGGACAGCGAGUUCGGGGUCCACCGCACGAGCUCGACCGCCUCACGCCCGCUCCCUGCCGUCCCGCUCUCGCGGAACGCCACGCUCAGCAGAUCACAGAACGACCUGCAUCGCGCCGCACUCCAGCGUUCACAUACCGACCUUCAUCGCCACAGUACGCUGUCGCACUCUGAUGUCCAUGUGCCCAUGGACCCAGGAUACCGUCACCUCACGCCAUAUCCGGAAGAGUCGCCCAUGGGUGAGCGACCGCCACACAUGGUGGAACACGCAGUCGACGCUGGGUCACUGGGAAGGAAGGAGGUGCUUCCGCCGAUGUACAAUCCGACAUGGUACGAGCAAAGGUAG